GGCAGGUCAGGUCAGGUCGCGCCGUGGGUCCCUCUGGGCGAGGCGGGGGGGCGUCCCAGGUGGAGCCGCACCGGCCCCCGUUGCAGACAUAAAGUAACUUCUGCCUCACGGGUGCGUUUCUUUCUUCUUGCCGUCCCCCCCCAGGAGAAGCGGCAAUGUAACGUGUCACAUGCCAGCGCUGCCUCCGGCUGACGUCGAGGGAUCGGCGCCGGUCGGUGGGGUGCCACUCGGGAGCCCUCCUGACAGCCAUAAUUGGCUUCGCUCAGAGCCUUAUCCCGGUUCCUCUGGCUGCCCAAAGCCCAGCGCUUCUCCCCGUGACAAACCUCCCUUCUGCUACGCUGUUUGGUAGCCGCCUUCUGGGCCCUGAGGACAGUGUGUGAGCUGUGUGAAAAUGCUGCGGUACUGGGGCGAGAUUCCAGUUUCGUCCAACCAGGCCAACCGUAGCUCCUUCGACCUGCUCCAGCGGGAGUUCCGUACUGUGGAAGUCCAAGACCCUCCAUUGCACCAGCCAUCCGCAAACAAACCCCGGCCCACCACCAUGCUGGACAUCCCCUCAGAGCCCUGCAGCCUCACCAUUCACACCAUUCAGCUCAUCCAGCACAACCGGCGGCUGCGCAGCCUGAUCGCCAUGGCUCAGGCCCAAAACCAGCAGCAAGCAGAAGGCAUAAAAACUGAAGACAACGAGCCACUGCCAUCUUGUCCGGCCUCUCCACCUCUCCCUGAUGACCUGCUUCCUCUGGAUAGCAAGACCCCCAAAAUGCCAUUUCAGCUGAGGCACAGUGACCCAGAGAGUGAUUUCUACAGAGGAAAAGGGGAGCCAGUGACUGAGCUGAAUUGGUCCUCCUGCCGCCAGCUUCUCUACCAGUCAAUGGCCACCAUCCUGGCUCACACAGGCUUUGAGUGUGCCAACGAGAGUGUCCUGGAGACCUUGACAGACAUUGCCCACGAGUACUGCUUGAAGUUCACCAAACUGCUGCGCUUUGCUGUGGAUCGAGAAGCCCGACUUGGGCACACCCCUUUCCCUGAUGUCAUGGAGCAGGUCUUCCACGAGGUGGGCAUUGGCAGCGUGCUCUCACUGCAGAAGUUCUGGCAACACCGCAUUAAGGAUUAUCACAGCUACAUGCUUCAGGUUAGCAAGCAGCUCUCUGAAGAGUAUGAGAAGAUUGUCAACCCUGAAAAGGCAGCAGAAGACACAAAGCCUGUGAAAAUUAAGGAAGAACCUGUUAGUGAUAUUACUUUCCCUAUAAGUGAGGAGCUGGAAGGAGAUCUGGCUUCUGGUGACCAGUCUUUACCCGUUGGAGUCCUUGGAGCUCAAAGCGAGCGCUUCUCUGCCAACUUGGAAGUAGAAGCUUCACCACAGACCUCAGGGGCUGAGGUGAAUGCUUCCCCACUCUGGAACUUGGCACAGGUGAAAAUGGAGCCACAGGAAAAUGAGGAGGCCAAUGUACAUGGCCACGGGGUCCUAGGCAGUGAUGUCUUUGAGGAACCUAUGUCAGGCAUGAGCGAAGCUGGGAUGCCACAGAGUCCCAAUGGCUCUGAGAGCAGCUAUGGUUCUCAUUCUGCUGACAGUCUGAUGGGAUCCUCACCUGUCUUCAACCAGCGCUGCAAGAAAAAAAUGAAGAAGAUGUGAAAAGAGACAGUCUUUUUAUUUAAUCCUGAUGGUAUGUGAUAGACUUGAAACAGAGAGAGCACUAUGAUGGCUAUGAUUCAUAAAUAGGGGCUGGCCCUGGUGUGUCAGGGACCUUGCAUAAAAUUAUUAUGAGCCUUUUGAUGUAAAGUGCCCAGCUCCCCUCUUUAAUGACUUUUGUACUCCAUCCUGACUCAUCACAUUGAAGAUCAUCUUCUAAAUUUGAUGGUGUCAUGGCUUGCUUUGGUGGAUUAAUGAGAAUGUUACCAGUGGAAAGUAGUUGUGAGGAGAUUUGCUAUGUCAUAGAAUCACUGAAUAAUUUGGGUUGAAGGGAUGUCUUGAGGUUUCUAGUCUGUAGUCCAGCCCCCUGCUUGAAGCACAGCCAAUUAGAGCAGGUUGCUCAGGGCCUUGUCCAGAUGAUUUUUGAAUAUCUCUUUGGGCAACUUUUUCUCGUAUUUGACUACCCUCAUAGUAAGAAAAAAUAUAUUCUUGCAUCUAGAAAGAAUUUCCCAUGUUCAAACUUGCGUUCAUUGCCUCUCGUUCUAUCACUGUCUGUCGUUGAGAAGAGCCUGACGCUUGUGUUCUCUAACCUGCACAUCAAGUGGUUGUAUGCAAUGAGAUCUCUCUUUAGCCUUUGCUCUUCUCAAGUCUGAAGAAACCAAGCUCUCUCAGCCUCUCCUUGUAUGUCCUGUGCUGCAGCCCCCUAACCACCUUUGUGGUCUUCCACAGAAAUUGCUGCAGUGCCCUUACUGUAAGGAGGAGCACAAAUGUGAAUGCAGUCCUCCAGAUAUGGUCUCACAAGUGCUGAAUAGAGAGAAAUAAUAAUUUCCCUCAGCGUGCUGGUUACAGUCUUGCCAAAUAUUGUGGACAACAAAACAGUCUUAAGGAUAAGGUUGGGGAGCCAUCCCUGCUGCUGCUGAGCUCACAAAGAUGGUGUAGGAUGGCCUCACAGUGCUAUCAGCCAGUUCCUUCAGUGCCUUCAGAUCCAUCCGCUCUGGUUCCAUGGACUUAGGUAUGUCCAAUUGGCUUAAGUUCUUGUGAACUCAGUCUUCCUCUGCUGUAGGUAACACUCUGCCAGUAGAUCCAGGGACCUGGCAGGCCUGAAGGCAGACUUUACCAGUGAAAACAGGCAAAAAAGGUGUUGAGUACAUCAGCCUCAAGCUACAAAGUGCAUCCUUUGUCACUAAGUUGCCUGCACCAUUGAGGAGUAAACCCGUGUUUUGUUUAACCUUUCUUUUGCUUCCAGUGUAUUUAAAAAAGGCCUUCACAUUUUUUACCAGUUUCAACUCUAGCUGAGUUUUGGCUUUCCUAACUGUCCCUGCAUGCUUGGGCUGUGUCUCUGUAUCCCUGCUGGCCAGUCCAUCCUCACUUCCACCUCUGUGUACUUUUUUCUGUGUGUUUGAGUUCAGUCAGGAGUUCCUCAAUCAUCUGUGCUGGUCUUCUCUCAUACCUGCUUUACUUUCCUCUCAUCACAAAGGACAGUUCUUCUACUUUGAGGAAACUUUCUUUGAAGAUAAGGCAGCAUUCUUGGUCCCCUUUGGGAGGCCACGGCAGUCCCUCCUGAGACCCUGCCAAGGCGUUCCUUGAAUAAACCAAAAUAUGUUGCCCUAAAGGUCCAGGACUCAGGCUUGUACACGUUUCUCAGGAUUUUAAAUGCCACAGUUCCAUGUCUGCUGCAGCCAAGACCUUCAGAUUCUCCACCAAUUCUUCCUUGUUAGUAACAAGUCCCACAGAGCUUCUUCUCUAGUUGAUUUCUUGAUCAUCUAGUCAGGGAAGUUGAUAUGGUUUUCUGGAGAGAUCAAAGGAGCUUUUACUAUUGGUGUGAGCCAGUACCGGCAGUGCAGACUUUUCCUUUGCUUUCAAUGGAUUGAGUGCAGCAACUUCAGGCUGGCAGAGGUUUCCUAUUCAAAGUUGUUAUCUUGACAACUUAGUCUGAAACAGAAUCUAUUUUGCUGCUUGCUUUUAUGGCUCAGCUGACUGAUGGCAUUUUUUUUGUUCUGCACAAUCCUCAGUUGAUCAACUCAGUCUUUAACUUGAUUCAGUGAGUGUAUCUCUCAAAAAAGCUAGAACGAACAUGAAUCAAGAAUGAACAGCCACUUAAACUGGCUUUAUACCUGUAACCCAUUGGGAUGUUUGAGGGAGAUUUACCAAACCUCCCAUUUGUCCUUACAAUUGCAAGUUUAUCUUUUCAAAGAAUGAGCUCCAGGCAUAGUAUUUUUGUUUCUGUAUAACAUGCCUAGCUUUAAUUCUUUUUUCCGAACUAUAUUUCUUUUCCACUUUAUAGAAGAGGAUGCCAAACAUAAAAUUCCUCAGUGUCUAAUAAGAAUGUGUGACCACAGGCUUUUUUUAAUAGACAUCGGAGUUAAAUUGUCCAUUGAAGUUUUAAAGAUUUCUCCUGGGGGGUAAAUUCUAGCUAUUUGAAGCCUAGUCAGUAGUAGAACAGUGGACCAGCUUAUCAGGAAAUCUUUCUUUUGAUUCCCUCUGAGUCACCAUUAGGCAUGCUGCAAUGUCCCUGUUUUCUCAGCUGUAAAAAAAGAGAAUAGUAGUAUUUGCCUCUUAGAAGUGUGUUUGAGAUUUAGUUACUAUUCAAAAAAGGCACUGUGUUCCUUCAGAGAGUUUUGUGAGAGUUGUGAGCUUUUCUUCCAUUUGGGUGGGACUGUCGCUGGCUGGAGAAUGCUUAGAUGGACACUGAAAUGUUACUGACCUUUAUGAUACUGGUUCUAAGGAAAACCGCUUAUGAAGAAAUACAGCACAGUUGUGCUGUUCAACUGCCCAAGUACAAGGCAUGCAUUUGGGAUGGUGUCUUCUCACUCAGCUUUAGAUGUCUGCAGCUAAAUUUGUUCCUCUGGGCCCCAUUUGUAGCUGAAGAGAAGUAGUCAUUCUUAGGUCACUGUUCAUCUGGCUGUGAAGUAGAAGUAUAAAGCCGCUCAGAUGGAUGGCAUUUUUAGAAAUGUCUAUUUUUCCUUUGUGUGCCCAUAAAGUGAGUUCAACUUGACUACCUCAGCUGAAGACAUCCAUGCCAUCAGGGUCUGAGUUAAGUGACCUGACUGUAACACCUUCCUGUCUGGGAGUCAGAGGAGACUUCCUCCUACUGGGCUAGUGCUUUUUCUCUCAUACACGUUUUGUAGAGCUCGCCAUUAAAAUGGUAGUACUGGGCUAAAAGCAGACUGUCCAUCUUACCUAAACCAGCAGAUCCAGUGUUCUCCACAACACACACAAUGUGCAAGGCUGGGGCCUGGAGGCUCGGCCCUUGUGUCUUUGAUACUAUGUGAGAACACCUGUCAUUGGGCCUUUCUCUGUAGAUGCUUUGCCAAACUGUUGUAGUAAAGUAUUCUUGAGGCCGGGGCACCUGAGUCCCUUGCACUGUUUUGAGGAGGCAGAGGACAAGUGGCUGCUGCCAGCAUCACUUGCUCAUUUGAAAGAUUCCAAGUGGGCUAAAAAUGAAAAUCUGCUGUGCUCUAGGGCUUUGGUUAGAUCUUCUAAGCAUCAAUCUUAAGUGCUUUCUUUGUAUUGCUUGUGUACAGAUGUUCUGUCUUACUUUUAAUUGUAUUUUUAUAUUUCACAACCCUUUUCCACACCCAUUUCACUCUGUAACACACACACUCUGCAACAAGCCAAGCCUGAGUGCUUUGAGUAUAUUUAAAUACAGUGGAAAUUCACCCUCCAUGGAUUCAGCUGUGUUGUUGCAGCGUAAGAGAGAGGUGAUACUGAUUCUUUUUAAGAUGUGUGUUUGUGCAGAGAUGAGAAAUGCAUCACUUGCACAUUUAAAAAUGAUGGCAGAGUAAAAUCUGUACCUCCCAUUCCCCCCGUUAAGUUAGGUGUUGCUUCUGACAUUUGUGUGCUUGAUGUUUCCUUUUAUGCAUAUGGAAGCUUUACCUUCUGGGUGAGCCCUCCCGCUCCAAAUGUUUACCGUCCUUAGAUUUACGGUUGUGUUCAUCAUGCAUGAAAUAGUGAAAUCUCAAAUCUAGCUCACAAAGUCAGAUACAGACAAUAUGCUCUUUUGAUGAAUCAAAUACGAUUUUUCUAGGUGUUAAUGCAGCCUUGGGCAACUCGUGAGGAGUUCAUUGACCAUGUAAUCCUCAAAUUUCAAGCCACAGUUAUAUUAUGCAGUGGGUUGGAAUGGAGCUCAGCUCCCGCGGUUGUUGUUUUUUGCUGGUGGCUGGUGAAGCGCUCUGCCAACCCACCCGCUUCACUCGUCUGCAGUUUCGUUGGUUCUUUCAUCUUUCUCCCUUCUCUUUCCAAAGGUGGGUGGGUGACAAAUUGGAAUAUUGAGUAUUGACCACGUCCAUAUCCAGUAGCAUUGAUGUCUUUAGUGAUUUAUAUUGCUAUGAUUGAAAUUGGUGGGAACUUUGAUAUCAAUUUGGAGAGCAAGAUCUGUGAAUUACUUGGCUUUUGAAGUGUUUUGCAUGGGAAUAAUACAAGAUUGUAGUUGAGAGAGCGCUAUGUAUCAUAUUCCUUUUUCCCUCUAGCAAUACCUUUUUAUUCCUUUUGAAGAGUUUUGCCUGGUAUCCAACAAAGCGCACUGUAUAAACAGCAGUGUAACAACUUCAGUAUACAGCUGUAUAUCAGACUGUGCUACCUAGUGAUUUAAUUCCAAGACCAUCCGUGCUAAUUUGAAUAUGCAUAAUGCUGUGCAGAAAAAGAGAUGUUUCCUGCAUAGAAAUUUACAAUUUAAAAAGAAAACAGGAAAAUAAGAUUAGGUAGGGUAGGUGAGGCCAAUCUGAUUAUGUGCUCAAUUCUGAGACUAAUGCACAUGUUAUGUGUGAAGGUUGUUUUACUUCAAAUGUUUUUGUACAUGCAUGUGAGUGAAAUAUGUAACUAUGCUUGGGUUUAUAUGGAACAGAAUUGCUUGGAAAUAUUUUAGGGUUUUGGGUUUUUUCCUUGCUCUCCUGGAGAGAGUUUCUUUGUAAUUUCUAAGAAAGUAAAAAGAAUUAUUUGGUAAUAAAACUCCUAAA